GCUCGAGCACCUCGGGGGGGUGGCAAAUCUUGAGAAACACAGUUGCUACUAGCUAAACGCUGGGACGAAACAAAUAAAGGAGAUAAUAAUUCUCCAAUCAACAUCCAAACGGCAAAGGAGAUAUCAAACGACGAUGGAAGACUUGUGGAAGCGAGCCAGGACCUUCGCCGAAGAAGCGGCCAAGAAGUCCCAAACCCUAACCGCCUCCGCCAAGAUCACCGACCUGGUCUCCGAAACCGCCAAGCGAUCCCGCGAGUUCGCCGCCGAGGCGUCGAAGAAGGCCGACGAGAUCAAGACGGCCGCGCUCAAGCAGGCCGAUCAGAUCAAGUCCCUCUCCGUCUCCGAGAUCAUUCCUCCCCAGCUCGCCUCGCUCUCGAUCGUCAACUCCGCCUCCGCGUCCUCCGCCCCUGAGCCGCCCUCGCCGUCUGAGCUCAGGAAGUUCGGUGUCACCGACGAUCUCAGAGAUUUUGUCAAGGGACUCACUUCCGACACCUUCAAGCAUUUUCCGGUCCAGGAUGCGGCGGCGGAGGUCUCCGAUGUGCCGACCACGACCUCGAAUGUGAGGAAGGAUCUGACGGAGUGGCAGGAGCGACAUGCAACUUUGGUGCUCACUACUGUUAAGGAAAUUUCAAGGCUGAGAUAUGAAUUAUGCCCGCGUGUUAUGAAAGAAAGAAUAUUCUGGAAGAUAUACUUUACCCUUGUGAGCAGUCAUGUGGCGCCAUAUGAGAAGCAAUACAUGGAGGAAUUGAAGGUCAAGGAAGCAGAGAAACUAAAAGAUGAUAUUGUGAAGCCAACACCUGUUGUUGGAGUGACUGACAAAGCAGAAGGAUCUGAAAAGAACACAAAGCCUUUAGUUUCCAAAUCAUCGUCAACUGAGCAGGACUUGGAUAGUUUUCUUUUGGGUGAUCUUGAAGACAGUGAUGGGGGUCCAGAUGAUGGUGAUGAUGGUGAUGGGAGCUUUGAUGAUGAUUUUGACAAGAUUGGCAAUUCGGAUGUUGAAGAUGAGAAGCAUGCGAAGAAAUGACAACCGCAACAGAAUGAAAUUGCUACUAUGGCAUUAUGAAGGAGAAAGCAAAACUAGCUUCUGUAAGACUGUAACAAAUAGAUCAAAGUAAAACCGAGGCGAAAGACGUCGGGCGGUAUUUCUGUCUCACAAUUUUUUCAUUUUUUAGUUGUAGAGUUGAUUACUUUGUAAAACUUGAAGUGGGACGCCAUUUGAAGUCAUUCAUUUGUUAUAUUUGCCGUAGACGGUGACGGAUAUUGGUACCCAUUUGUCUGCAAAUGGGUCGACCCGAUUGCUUUUUCUUGUACAUAUCACCUGAUUAUGUUACAUAUAUAUUUCGACUGUAAGAGGAGAUUAUGUUUGUAAUGGUCUCUAUCUAUUUCUUUUAUGCUAUAAUGCUAAUAGCAUUAUCUUGUA